GAAUCACACAGCCACUGGUUGGGGGAUGCAUGGUUACGGCGCAAGCCAGUCGAUCCCGAAUGGUGAAAUGCCAAACCAAUUGACUCUAACGGCAAUGUAUUGGAGGUCGCCGUCACUGUCAAUAUUGCCAACGUUGCCUCUCCAUAUCCACUCCUUCGAUCCAUCCUGUUUCAGCCCUUCAGCCGAUCAUCGACACUACCCUGAACCCCUCUUCCUCGAAUAUGGUGUCGUUGGAACGGUGUCGUUACUAUCAAGACGAUGGACGAGGACGAAAAUGUCGAUAAUGCUACCUCUCCCGAGAACAAUAAGCAAUCGAGACGGGAGCGGCUCAAAGGGGCACUCGCCCGUACAAAGAGCAAGUUCAAGAAGAACACCAGUGACACAAAUGAAGAGAGGGAUCUUCCUGAUGACGUGAAUGAGUUUUUGGCUGCGGGCAGGACGUCGACCUCGAGCGGACCUAGACAAGGAGACAGCCUUCCACAUCCUACGCGCUCGAAUGCCAUCACCACCCUCGACCAGAGCUCUCCGGCUUCUACGAGACCAUCGACUUCGGAGUCGUUCACCAACCCCUUUGGCACCUCACGUUCACCGAAAAAAGUCCCCGUUCCAAGGAUAGAUGUCUCUAAUUCUCAACGCUGGCCUCGAGCCCAGCCGAUUGGCACGUCGGAACAGGAUAUCAACGACUUCUUGCGUCCAGAAUACCAAGGGCGCAGCCAAUCAGUCAGCUCGUUCUCUAACAAGCCAAAGCGUAAGGGACGUGGAAGGGGACUAAGUGUCACUUUCAUUGAAGCUCCGCCGGUCAUUAUUGGCGAAGGCGGAGACGAUGCACCUACACCUCCAGUCGAGAUCUCAAAAGCGAGACAAAGAGCUAGAUCUGCCUCGCCGAUGCCCAGCCGUGCCCAGUCUGAGUCGCGUGACCACUCGAGGAGUCCUAUGAAUGGGGCUUACGACCAACGCAACACUGCUCCUCCUCCCCCGCCACGGCAGGGACACGCUCCCCCGGACGCCCUGCGGCCUAGAAUGCUGCAGAGAGUGCAAACAGGGAACUUCUCAGGCAACACAUUGGGGCCAUCUGGCCUGGACAAGGAGUUCGAAAUGACUCUUCGGCUGGGGCCAAAUGCAAUCAACUCGCCGGUCAGCCCAGGAGGAUCACCUAAUACUCUAGAGCUCCUGGCUCCGAAACCGGUACGGGUCGUGCACCCACCGCCGCCAGUGCUGGAAGAACCCGCACAAUCACGUGUGGUCAAAAAGGAGAUACCGAGUACAGAUUUGCGCAAGCAGUUUAGAGAAGGGGAUGCCUUGCGUAUGCACCUUGAUAAGGAAGCGCCGGAAAUCGUCGACAGAAUCGCUGCCGACGUCCCGGUGAAGAGGAACACCAACCCAGACGGGCAAGACUCUUCCAAAUGGAUAUGAAAACAGGCCAAAUUGGCUUUCAAGAAUCCCCUACUUCUAUGAAAGGGAGAUCUAGCCGGAUGUUCCAUUGAUGGCGUUCAGGGCCUUGAAGCCUUGGAUCAGGUCAUCCAGAAGAUCCUUCUCGUCUUCAAUGCCGACACUGACCCUCAGAAGAUCCUUCUCCACUGUCGAAUCGGUCAUUGUCCUCCACUCGAUCAAGCUCUCGAUCCCACCUAAACUGGUUGCAUGAUGGAAGAGAUGGAGCUUGCUGGGCAACGCCCUCGCGAACUCCUGCGAUUUCAAGACGAUAGAGAACACCGGGCCAAAGCCGUUGGGCAUUUGCUUCUUCAACCAGGUCUUGUAAUCUUUGGUCUGCAGACUCGCAUGAUGCACCUCCUUGACGACCGACUUGAUGAUCUCAGCGUCAGAGAGAGACAGGCCCGUGCCGACAGUAUGGCCCGUCAAAGCACCGUCGAGUGCAUCAACUAUCCUCCUCGCCGUUUCACUCUGUUUCAAUACUCGGAGCUCCAUGGUUCGUACGCUCCUCACACCAAGCCAACCUUCCAAACCGCCCAUCACGGAACCCAGAUACACUCGAUCCUGCAACAUCUUCGGAAUCCACUCCUUCUGUUUCACCGCCAAGACACCACAGAGCAUGUCGGAGUGGCCCCCAAUGUACUUUGUACCCGAAUGCAUGACAAUGUCUGCGCCGUGCUUGAAGGGGUCCUGCAGGGGUGGCGGCGCAAACGUGGCGUCCACGCUGAGAUAUGCACCUCGUGAGUGCGCAAUGUCCGCAUAAUGCUGUAUAUUGAACGCCAGUCCUGUCGGGUUCACAGGUGUCUCUAAGUGCAGAAGAUCCCCCUCUUGCAGAUCCUCUGGCUUGCAGUCCAGUGGCAGGAGCUGCAGCCCAGAAAGUCGCUGAUGGAGUCUCAACACGCCGUGACAUCCAUGGUAUCCUGCGCCGAUGGCCACUCUUUUCGGAUUCAAGAAGGUGAUCAAUGCAUUGAACGCCGCAAGCCCAGAAGAAUAUGUCAAGCAAGGGUUUUUCAGCAGCACACCCAGGAUCGUUUCCAAGCGUGAUGUACUGUGUGUCGUGUGGCGGGAGUAGUUGUGUUCCGUGGGCGCAAAGAUGGGUUCAGAUCUCUCAUGAUACGGGCGCAGUUGCGAUGGGUCUUUGUCAUAGCGAAAGGUAGUGGAGACAUGGAUGGGAGGGGCGACGUCGUGGACAACGUUGAGAGGGUCGUCGGCGUGGAUGGCCAGCGUCGAAGGAGAGAGCGAGGUUAGGUCGAAGUGUUCGGAUAGGUUUUCGAUAUCUUGGGAAUUGGCGGACGUAGGCGCAGGUAGAGGGUGUUCGGAAGAACUGUCCCCGCCGUGAGGAAUUGUGCCGUUGGUGGUGGCCAUACCUAGAGGAUGUCUAUGAGAUGAGAUGAACCAAAGCUCAGGAGAAUCUAGAGAGGAGUACCGCUCAGAUGAAAAUGAA